AUGAGUGAUUCUCCACAAAGUGGGUUAAAAGUUAGAGGAGAAAUGCGCUGCUUAUCGAAAGAAUGGUUUUUUAAAGAAAUGCCUAAUGGUAAAAAAAUUCUAAGGAAAUGGAUGAUCUAUUCGCCAAAUAGCAAACAAUUAUAUUGUUUUUGCUGUCGCUUGUUUGCCAGCAGUGAUGAAACCGAAUCUUUAUUUGUAAGCGGAUUUUUCAAAUGGUGGAAGUUAAAUCCUAAAGUGGUACAACAUGAAAAUUCGGAAGAACACCUUGGAAAUUUGGAAAAAUGGAAACUUUUUGAAACUGGUCUGAAAUUAGAAAAUACUAUAGACAGCGAAUUGUUGAAAAAUAUGGUCUCAGAAAAGAAAAAGUGGAGAAAUAUUUUAACGAGGUUAUUAGAUAUAACUCUAUUUUUGUCCAAACAAAAUUUAGCAUUUCGAGGACACGAUGAAAGUGAAAAUUCAACGAAUAGAGGAAACUUUCUUGAAAUGGUAAAACUUCUCUCUAAGUAUGAUGCUGUAUUGAAAGAACACACGAUGAGAUUGGAUCGACAUGCAUCAUACCUGUCACCGGAAACACAAAAUGAAUUUUUAAAUGUGCUGGCCAGCCAUGUUAGAAACGUACUUAUUCAAGAAAUCAAAUCCGUUGGUUAUUUUAGUAUGAUGUUUGACAGCACUCCUGAUACAUCUCAUGUUGACCAAAUGUCAGAAGUAAUUCGGUAUGUCAAAAUUAAUAACGGAAAAGUGGAAAUCAAAGAAGUUUUUUUAAGGUUUCUCCCGUUAAAAGGAAAAAAGGCUUCAGAUUUAAGUUCAGAAAUUUUUGCCAAUCUUGAAAGUGAUGGUCUAGAUAUAAUGAUGUGUCGUUGUCAGGGUUAUGAUCAUGCAACUGUUAUGAGUGGAGUACAUGGUGGAGUUCAAGCCAUCAUAAAAUCGAAAAACGAAAAAGCUCUUUUCAACGGGUGUGUGAAUCAUUUAGUCAACUUAUGUGGGGUUCAUUCUUUUGCUGAAAAUGCAUUGUGUGUUUCAUUUUUUGGAACUUUAGAGCAAAUUUUCGCAUUUUUCUCUGCAUCAACCCAUCGAUGGGAUGUAUUACUAAAUCAUUGCGACUGUUCUGUCAAAAGAUUGUCAACAACCCGUUGGAGUGCUCACUAUGCUGCUGUAAAAGCCGUCGAAGAAAAUUUCGAUAAAGUGAUUGCAGCAAUCGAAGAACUGUGCGAUCCUCAAGAAAAUGUAGAUACCAGAGGUUCUGCACAGAGCCUUUUACCCGCUGUCUGUAAUUUCACUUUUCUUUGCUUUUUAUAUUUUUGGAAAGAGGUUUUAAAAGAAAUUGACUGCACGCAAGUAUACUUGCAAACAAAAGCUUUAAGUCUUGAUAAAGUAGCAGCAAAAUUAGAAUUGCUUCGACUUUUUGUCCAUGAAGAACGAAACAAUGUUGUUGACAAAUCCAUUGAUCGUGCUCUGCUUACAGCAGAAGAGUAUGGCCUUAAAACAGAAAGAAGGGUUCGCUUCAGGAAGAGAAUGGCUGGAGAGCAAGCAAAUGAUGCUGGCCUUACAUUGCAGGCAGAAAUUAGAAGAUCUAUGAUUUAA